UGUGUUCGAUUUCAAAAAAAAAAAUGUGGAGGUAGAGUUUCGAUUUCGAGUCUUAUUGUUCAUUUUCUUUAUCAUAUUUUUUUUGGUCUUUUUCCCCAAAAAUUUGGUGUAUUGGCUUUGUUUCCUGGAUAUGAAUCUCUAGGGUUUGAGUUUGUUUCUGUGUAUAGUUUUUAAUUGUGUGUGUGUGUGUGUUUAGAUUGUGGCUUUUGGCUGUAUUGAUUGUCUGAAUCCCCUUUGUUUCUUUCUUCUUUCUUUUUUUUUGAUCAUCUGGUCAUUUUCCAAUCCAAAUAUGACUUCGUUAUCGUAUAAUUUGGAAAGAUUGAGUUUUGGGAGUUGUAAAUUGAUUUCAAAGCUGUGAGAUUUCUGUAAUUUUGCAAAAAUGUCGUCCGCUGGUAUUGUUGCCCUUGUUCCAAUCUGCAAUGAUUCUGUAAUUUCCCCCAAUUUCAAUGCCCUUUCGGGUUUGUUGUUGGACGAAUCCAUUUUAAUAUAUCUUUCUAUUGGGGGAUCUGUGAUUCCUAUGAGCGUUUUGGAGUCCGAUUCUAUUGAGUCAGUGAAGCUUAGGAUCCAAACUUGUAAAGGGUUUGUGGUGAAGAACCAGAAGUUGGUUUGUGGAGGCCGGGAACUGGCUCGGAGUAAUUCGCUGCUCCGCGACUAUGGGGUCGCGGAGGGGAAUGUUUUGCAUUUGGUUUUAAGGCUCUCGGAUCUUCAGGUAAUCAAGGUCCGAACUUCUUGUGGGAAAGAGUUUACUUUCCAUGUGGAACGUGGUAGGGAUGUUAGGUAUGUGAAGCGAAAGAUUGCGAAGAAGAGGAAGGAGUUUGUGGAUCUUGAGGAGCAAGAAGUUGUGUGUAAUGGAGAGAAACUAGAGGAUCAGAGACUUAUCGACGAUAUCUGUAAGUACAGUGAUGCAGUUGUGCAUUUGUUGGUUAGAAAAUCUGCAAAAGUUCGUGCUAGACCUGUUGACAAUAAUUUUGAGUUGUCUAUUGUGGCAUCUGAUAAGGGGAGCUAUGGAGAUGAUGGAGAAAGUGAUAAGAUGCAAAAUGGUGUCAGUGAAGUUGACGGGAAGGUUGUGCUGCAAAAGCCUUCUGAAAGAGGACCUUUGGAGCCUGUUAUUGUUAACCCCGAAAUCAAGUUGCCUUUGGCGAUACAAGAAAUGGUUGAUGCCACACUCGAGGGACUUAGUGGAGGAAACGAUCCUGUCAGGUCUUUGGAGGGUAUAGGAGGAGCGUAUUUUAUGCUGGAUUCAUCGGGGAAAAAGUAUAUUUCUGUUUUUAAGCCAAUGGAUGAAGAGCCCAUGGCCGUGAACAAUCCAAGAGGGCUUCCAGUGUCAUUGGAUGGGGAAGGGUUGAAGAAGGGAACAAGAGUCGGAGAAGGAGCAUUAAGGGAAGUUGCAGCCUACCUUCUGGAUCAUCCAAAGAGUGGCCGUCGUGCGUUCAUUGGUGAUGAGGAGGGGUUUGCUGGUGUCCCACCCACGUUUUUGGUCAAGUGCCUUCACAAAGGAUUCAACCAUCCCGGUGAUUUAACUGCCAAGCUUGGCUCUUUGCAGAAGUUCAUGGAGAACAAUGGAAGUUGUGAGGAUAUGGGCCCCGGGGCUUUCCCGGUUAAGGAAGUCCAUAAAAUCUCUGUGCUGGAUAUAAGAUUGGCCAAUGCUGAUAGGCAUGCUGGGAAUAUAUUGCUGAGCAAAGGAAAAGAUGAGCAGACUGUGCUGAUUCCAAUUGAUCAUGGCUACUGCUGGCCCGAAAGCUUUGAAGAAUGCACAUUUGACUGGCUCUAUUGGCCACAAGCUCGUGAACCCUACUCCGACGAGAUUGUUGAUUAUGUAAAAUUGCUUGAUGCUGAAGAGGAUAUCGCACUUCUGAAGUUCCACGGAUGGGAGUUGCCGCUUGAGUUUGCCCGCACGCUUCGCAUCUCAACCAUGCUUUUGAAGAAGGGAGUUGAGAAAGGUCUAACUCCCUUCGAAAUCGGAAGCAUAAUGUGUAGAGAAACCUUGAAGAAGGAAUCCAUCAUGGAGGAGAUUGUCCAGGAAGCACAGGAUUCUGUGCUCCCUGGAACAAGUGAAGUCGCAUUCCUCGAGACUGUGUCCCAAAUCAUGGAUCGUCGGAUUCAUGAAGUUGCUAAAUCACGUUCUUGAUGGCAGUGCUCACUAAUUACUCUUUGAAUUGUUAAUUUACGCAAGUUUAUAAUGUACAUUUCAUUAGUGUACAUCUGUGUCUGGCGACUGACUUUUUAGGAUCCUUUGUCCAUACUACCUGGAAAAGCAUUUUAAUUUUCUUCGGUUUUCUUUUUUUCAUUUGCUAUCAUGCUAUUAUUAUAAUGUCUUUGAUUGACCUCAUCAACUGUAGGUAUUGAUUCA